AUGGUAGAUUACAACCCUGACAAAGAGAUGGUCGAAAUAAUAAUCGUUGGUAGCGAAGAAAACCAAAAAGCAGGAACCUGCAGAGAAGCUGAAAAAGUUGAUAAAACAAUCAAUAAAAGUCAGUUCAAGCAAUUUGACUUCGUGUCUUCUGCCGCUCAAGACGAGAAAGGAAUUACUUAUAAUUCUGCUACAUCCUCCUCUCCAAGUAACCAACAAAUAAACCAUAAUAAUACUGAGAGGCACGACAGGAUACUGCAAGAGUGGGAGAAACUCAAAACGGGAUUACCUGAAUCAACUUACGUUAGGGUCUACGACAACGAUGUUGUGAGAGCUGUGAUAAUUGGUGGAGAAGGUACGCUUUACCGUGACGGUUUAUUCUUCUUUGAUAUAAUAUUGCCGCCCAGUUAUCCGAACGUUCCGCCUGAAGUUCACUGUUACUAUACAUGCGCGGUGAGUUAUCUACAUGGUGCUGGCAUUGAUACGCAUAGAAUAGAUACACGUUGGUCAUAUUAUCACAGUGAAAAAUUGCUGGUUGCUAAAUGGAAUCCAUAUACAUCGACAAUACUUGAUAUUUUGCUAUCUAUUCAACUAGUAUUUCAAACCGAGAACCCGCAAAAAAAGAACCACGGUAUGAACAUAAACGAUUCCCGUCUACAAAAAGGCUUUAAGAUUGGUUUCAGGACGGAUGAAUCUUUUGACAGCAAUGAGAGGCUAUUUAAGGCAAACUGCCUGACAAUGUUGGCUACUCUGAAGAACCCACCAAAGCAUUUCGAAGAAUUUGUUGCACAACAUUUUCGCGACCGUGCGGAAACAAUUUUAACUCUGUGUAACCGUUUCAAAAUCAGACGUGGUAACCCCAAAUAUAAGACGAAGAUGUGCAGGGAGUAUCAUGAUUCUAUGAUUAAUGUAUACGCAAAGCUUCUAAAGGCGUUUAUAAAGAAUGGUUCUUCCGUGGAUGGCUUCAUAGGAGAUAUUAACUUGGAUGACGUCCACGACUCUGAUUAUGUUGAGAAGCUCACUUGUGAUAAAAUUGUAACAACGCUUAUAAUUUUUGCACUUCUUUUUAUUUGCGGAUUUGGUGGUGCGAUUGUGGGUAUAAUUCAAGCGGUCAAUAAGACAUCGUCAUAA